UAACAACAACAACCUGACAGCGAGCAAAGCGGAUUACCGUCCUGCAGAGAUGGCAGGAGAGGCUGAGGACGAUAUACCCGAAUCAGGAGCAGUUUUCACAUUUGGAAAGAGUAAAUUUGCCGACAACGUCCCGAGUAAAUUCUGGCUCAAAAAUGACGUCCCGCUUAAAAUAGCUUGUGGGGACGAACAUACCGCCUUAAUAACAGAAAAUGGGAAACUCUUCAUGUUUGGCAGCAACAACUGGGGUCAGCUCGGUCUGGGAACCAAACUGACCGUCAGUAAGCCCACUUGUGUCAAAGCUCUGAAGUCGGAGAAGGUCCAGCUGGUGGCCUGCGGGAGGAACCACACUCUCAUCUGCACCACUCAGGGGAGGGUGUUUACCGCCGGCGGGAACAGCGAGGGUCAGCUGGGGCUCGGCCACUGCGAGGAGAGGACGGCCUUCCAGAGAGUCAACUUCUUCGACUCGCGCGGACCAAUCAGGAUGCUCGCUGCCGGUUCGAACACAUCUGCUGCUCUGACCGAGAGCGGGAAGCUUUUCAUGUGGGGCGACAACACGGAGGGUCAGAUCGGUUUGGGGAAGGAGAGCCAAGCCUCGUCGCCACAGGAAGUCAGCGUGGGACGGCCGAUCACCUGGGUGUCCUGCGGGUAUUACCACUCCGCCUUAGUGACAGCGACCGGAGCUCUCUACACGUUCGGCGAGCUGGACAGCGGUAAACUGGGACUGGGAACGGACCAGCUGGCCGGACAUCGCCUCCCUCAGCGGGUGAAGAGCAUCAAGGAGCCGGUGACCCAGGUGGCGUGCGGCGGCGGACACACGGUGGCGCUCACAGAGGACAACGUCUUCACCUUCGGCCUCGGUCAGUUCGGGCAGCUCGGUCACGGCACGUUCAUCUUCGAGUCGCGGCUGCCGCGUCCGGUGGAGCAUUUCAGGAAGGGUCGGGUGUGUGCGGUGACCUGCGGAGAAAACCACACGGCCAUCAUCACGGACGGAGGUUUGCUCUACACGUUUGGAGACGGCAGACACGGGAAACUGGGACUGGGAGAGGAGAACUUCACCAACCAGUUUAAACCAACUGUGUGUCUGCGCUUCCUCAAGUACCACGUUCAGGCAGCUCCGUGCGGCGGCUGUCACAUGGUGGUUCUGGCUCGGCCGAGGGACGAGAGCUGCGGAGACGUUUCUCUGGAGGAGGACGACGUGACGGAGGACUUCCUGGAGAAGCCGUACGUGGAGCUGCUGGGAGACACGGCCGACUCCUCAACCCUGCAGAGGAGCCUCUCUGCUCGGGUCCGCAGGAGGGAGCGGGAGCGAUCCCCGGACCAGUUCGGCCCCUUGUUCCGCACGCUGCCCGCCAUGACGCCCGGCCUCCUCCACCCGCCGCUGCCCGUCUCCAGUCAGACCUUCCCGCCCAGACUGCCUCCGCCCGAGCUGAGCCACAGAAAGGUGCUCAACGGCGCUCACCAACACGGGACCGCAGGGUCACACCACAAGGAGCAAACAGGGGACGAGACAGACAGCGUUGUGGAGAGCCUGACGGACACCGACAGCGUCCGAGGUCUGGGAGACACGACGGACUUCCUCAACAUGACGCACAUGAUGAAGAUGGACCCCAGUGAUAAAACACUCAUGCUGUCUCCAGUUCAAAAGGAUUUGACAAAAGCAUUUGCUCAGACGUGGAGUAAAGGAAAGGAGGGAGAAGAUGAAGAAGAAGAAGUAGAAGAUGAGGAGGAGGAGGAGGACAAUGUUGAUGAUGAAGACGUGGAAGACGAGGAAGAGGACAAUGAUACUUCAGCGGAGGCAGAGGAACCGUCCUCGCAGAGUUUGGAGGAUUCAACAGAGAAACCAGCAGAAGAGACUCCUAAACCUGAAGAGCUGAAAGAAGAAUCUGUGCCUGACGGAGAGCAGAGAGCAGCAGAAAUCACAGAGGAGCUGGACACCGCUGCUGAAGAGAAGACAAACGACAGCUCCAAACCGGCCAAUGGGACGACAGACAGCAACUCAAAGAACCAAUCAGGUUCCAACAAAAAGCUCUCUCUCUUCAGACGGCUGUCCUUCUCCAGGUCGAAGCAGAGCAGCGAGAGAGAACAAACCCCGACGGAGGGCACCGUCAGCGGAGACGCAGCCGUCCAGGGAGAGCCUCCGUCCCCUGCUGCAGCCGGCAGCAGCAACCGGGGAAAUGCACAGCAAAGACCUCGCUCUGAAGCCUGCACCAUCCUGUGAUCCUGAGAACUGAACCCUCAGGUGGUUGUCAAGGAAAGUGAGACCAAAGUGUGAAAAGGUUCAUUAGCAGCAGCCAGCGGUUCCUCUUGGGAUCAUGGUUUCUAUAGAUCAGCGGUAUCAUCCAGCUCCUCUGUGGUGUUAAAACUGCUCUACUCUCGUCAUGUCAGCCUGAAUCACAAAUUCUAUUAAAGGAAUACGCCACUGAAAAAUCUGAUCAAACACUUUAUACACUGCUCCUUCGUAUCAGUUUGGAUUCACAGCAGUUACAGUAAACUCUAGCAGAGACUCAGAGUGACAGUUCAGUCUUUAUUCAGCACUGAAGUGAAUGUGAAACAGUCACAUAGAGCGCACAUUUUCUGCAGUUUAGUCACAAAAACAUGCAGAUAAAAGGUGGGAAAUUUCCAACAAAGUUUUUAUUAUCCACAGGUCAUUUUGGAAAGUACCUACCCGUCCUAUUUUUAGAGUUUUGUUACCGGAUUUUAGUCAUUUUCUUGACUUUUCCCGUCCAGCUGUAAUUCUUGCUUUCCUGAUUUUUUUUUUUUUAGAGUCACAGGAAACAGAAAAAUGUCUCCAAAACCACAAAAGCUGCAGGUUUAAACCAAUUUGUGAAGGAUGCUCUACUAAAGCACAUUAUGAGCUGACAUGUUAAAGGCCAUCAAUCACCAUACACUAUACAAAACAGAUAUUUAUAUACUGUGGAUUUAAGCUAUUAUAAAGCAUUCUCAACCCCUACAUCCAUUAAUUAAUGUUAUAAAUCAACAGUGAACAAUGAGGUAGCAUACCUCAGAUGCAUACAGGAGAUGUUUAGUCUGUAAAAUAUAUUUCCAAAACUCCCGCAGCUCAAGGUGAUGUUCAGAAACCCACAAAUAUAUUUAAUUACUGUCGAGUCAUCUAAAAAAACAGUAAAUACAUACAUUUUCUACGGUUUUGCCUUAAUAAAAGAAAAAUAAACAAUUACAGAUGAAUUUUCUGACAAUCGAAUCGAUAUAUUUAUGUUUCUGUGGAUGUUUUGAUGCUUUUUUAUGCAUCGUGUCCAUUUGAAUCCACUGUAUCUGCUGUGAAAUGUGUUAAAACACUUUAAAGAUUUUACGUGGAAUAUUCCUUAAAAAAAAGGGGGACACACACAUUUGGAAAAUAAUAGAUUUGAUGUGUUUUAGUGACGAUAUUUGGAGCCACCAGCAUGCUACUUUAACCACUAUCUCUUCACAAGUGACCUACAGCUGAGCCUCCUCCUCUUCCACCAGUACGACCAGUAUCACUCUGUUGCUGGGAGGAGUUUCUGACUUUACAUUUUAUUUUUUAUUUGUUGUAUUGUUUGGCACAUGUUUUCUACUCAUCAGCUGAGCCUCAAGGUGUGUGUGUGCGUGUGUGUGUGUGUGUGUGUGUGAGUUUUAAACUGUGAGGAUGAUAAUAUUACUAUUUAUUGUAACAUGGUCCUUGAGCACAUUUGCACUUUUAAUGUGAUCUGUAUGCAUUUCAAUGAGAUGCAUCUGUUUUAUAUACUGACAUGAUAAUCUCAUUUAACUCAUGUUUAUGGUUUUUUAUGAUUUGGAA